GAAGUUUGUUCGAAAAAAAAAUUAGAAAGAAAAAUUUUUUAAAAUUUAAUGAAUUCAAUCCUGAUCGUGUAAUAAAAACACAAUACAUUGUGCAGCAUACAAUCUCGUCUAUUAUUUCACGUUGACCAAACGAUAAACUCAGCAACCAUUAGCGGCUUAAAGAGAUUUCUUAAUUCUGCCUAUAAAUAUUUCGCCGGUAGCAGCGAAGACGAUAAUUAUAAACGAUCAACAUCAGUUUCACAGUCUGAAUAUCAGCAAAAAAAUCGUUCGGUUUUUCGUAAAUAUCGUCAAAUAAUGGCUUCCAUUAGCAAUUCAACAUCAUCAAUCUGUGGUAUCAGUAUUGGUACGGAAAAUUGUUAUGUAGCAGUUGCCCGGCAAGGUGGUAUCGAAAUUCUGCUUAAUGAAUAUUCUCAACGAUCAACACCUGCAUACAUUGGCUUCGGUGGUAAUCAACGUGAAUUGGGUGUUUCCGCUAAGCAAAAACAAAUGAUGAAUCUUAGUAACACUUGUUUUGCUCCGACAAAGAUCAUCGGAAAAAAAUAUCAUCAGGUCAAUCCUCAAGACUUUCCAUUUAAAAUUGAACCUGGACCUGAUGAUGAAAUUCUUGUUCGAGUUCAACAUGGCGAUGAACAGCUGUUGACUCCCACUCAAAUUGUGGCAAUGUUAUACACAAAAUUAAGGCAAAUAUCUGGCAAUCCUGUUGAUUGUGUUAUCAAUUGUCCUAAUUAUUUUGAUUUUCUACAACGACGCGCACUGUUGGAUGCUGCUCAGAUUGCCGGCUUGAAUCCAUUACGUGUCAUAUCUGACAUGACCGCUGUGGCACUCUAUUAUGGAUUCUAUAGAAGCUCGCCUACCGGUUCUGAUAUUUCCAUUGUUGGAUUUGUUGAUUGUGGACAAACAAGCUCACAAGCAGCCAUGGUUUUGUUCAAUCAUAAAGACAACUAUUUAAAAGUAUUGGAUGCUGAAUUCCUGGCCGAUGUCGGUGGUCGACAUUUUGAUGAAGCAUUGGCUAAUUAUUUUAUCGAAAAACAUUCUUUAAAAUUAAGUGAACGAUCACGUUAUCGUUUGAUUGUCGAAUGCGAAAAAUUGAAAAAAAAUUUAUCGGCUAAUCCAAAUGAAUUGCCCAUCAAUAUUGAAUGUUUGUACGAUGAAAAAGAUUUCAACAGCCGAAUCGAUCGUGCAACAUUCGAACAAAUUUCUCAGAAUCUGUUUGAAAAAAUUGCUUCAAUGUUGAAGAUGACUUAUGAACGAUCAGUUGAACGAUUCAUAAAAGAAUAUCAAGACAACUAUGGAGAUUUUCGUCUUGAUUCGGUUGAGGUUGUGGGUGGUACUAGUAGAAUUCCUGCCAUUAAAAAAAUGAUCAAAGAAUUCUGUGGAUUGGAACCAUCGACAACGCUAAAUGCAGAUGAAGCCGUUGCUCGUGGUUGUGCUUUACAAUGCGCUAUUCUUAGUCCAACAUUCAAAGUUGCACGUGAACUUCAUCUCAUCGAUUCUUUACCAUUUAGUGUCGAUUUUAAGUACGAAAUUCCCGGUAAAGAUGUAAAAGUCAUACCAGCAAUGAUUCCACGUGGACAUCCAUUUCCAUGCCCAAAACAGAUAACGAUCCCUUCACAAAAUUUACCCAUUACCCUCAGCUUUUAUUAUGAUAAUUUGCACCAAGAAAAGAUGUUUCUGGCACAAUAUCGAAUUUCGGAACCUCCUGGUUCAAAUGCAUUACAAUCGAUGUUAGAACAUAAAAGUCCAAUCAAGAUUCGUGUUCGUAUCAAUGCUAAUUGCACUCUCUCUAUUGGACCAGCAACAUUCUCUUAUGAAAAUCCUCAACAGACUAAUGAGCAGCAGCAAGACGAACCGAUGGAGCAACAACCUCAAAACAAUAAUAACGAUUCUGGAGAUGGUCAAAACAAAAUGGAAACUGAAACACAACAACAACAGACCAACGAUUCGCAACCUCAGCAAAAGCGAAAAAAACCAAAAACUACAACCAUAGACCUACUUGUUGAACCACUAUCCAUUGCAGGCUUGCUCCCAAAAGAGGUGAAAGAUCGCUUUAUCGAAUUUGAAUCGAAUCUGAUUUUGGCCGAUAAAAAUUGGAAGGAAAAAGCCGACGCUAGAAAUGCAUUGGAAGAAUUUAUUUAUGAAUGGCGUGAUCGUAUGGAAUCAGGUGAUUAUGAUCCAUUCAUUGAUCCAGCAACCAAACAACAAUUUCAACAACAAUUGGAGUCAAAUGAAAAAUGGCUUUACGAACAAGAUGAAAAGGAAGUGAUGCAUUCAAAAUCAGUGUAUGAUGAAAGAACGCAAAUGAUGGCUAAAUCGUUCGCUGAUUCCGUUAUAAUGCGUCGUAGAGAAUUCGAAAACCGGCCUCGUUGUCUUGAACAACUAGGACAUCAUUUACAGCAAGCACGAAAAAUUAUGGAAACAAAUGAUCUGAAUGACGACAAUGAUGAAAAGAAAAAAUUCUUCGAAGAAAUUGAAGAAAAACAGCAUUGGUUCGAUGAUGUAAGCGGAAAAUUGGCUUCAAUGAGAACCUAUGAUGAUCCACCAUUUACAUGUGAUGCUAUUCAAUCGCAAUCACAACAACUUGAUUCAUCGAUUCAACGUAUCCAUAAUAAUCGUAAACGCCGUGCUGAAGAACGUCGUAAAGCCGCGGAAAAGAAUGCUGAAAAAGAAAAGCAACAACAACAACAGCAAGCUCAACAAGAAGCAUCUGGGGAUAAACAACAAUCACCUCCAAUGGAUCAACAAGAACCAGCCAAAAUGGAUGUUGAUCCACAACCAGAACAAAAAUGAAGAAUUGAAUGUUAUUGACUCUUUACAUUAUUUUCUUUUUUUUCUAAGAAAAAAUCUAUUUUCAUUGUGGCCCAGUGUUUAAAAGUGAAACGGAGUUUUUUCUACGAUUCUAACAUCAAAAAAAAACUUUGAUGCAUUACUGAAUUGCCUAUUUUAUUCCCUUCCCAUUGUGUUAUGAAAUAUAUAAAUUGUGUAUAAUUCAAAAUGGAAUUAUAAAUUUUACUACCUA